CCCAUUCUCGCUCUUGAUAUAGUCGAGCUCGACCGCGGCAAUGUCUGUCAAGAUCACCGGCUUCGAGACACACGAUGUCCGCUUCCCCACCUCACUCACAGGUGAUGGUACGGAUGCCAUGAACACGGACUGCGACUACUCCUCGGCAUAUGUGACCCUGUUCACUUCGUCCGACCUCGUCGGCCACGGUAUGACCUUCACCAUUGGCCGCGGGAACGACAUUGUCUGUGCUGCGAUCAAGGAGGUCGCGAACCGUCUGCUUGGCAAGGAUGUUGAGGAGCUGUUUGCCAACAUGGGCAAGACGUGGGAGUAUCUCUGUGCAGACCCUCAAUUGCGAUGGAUUGGCCCCGAGAAGGGCGUUAUACACAUCGCGCUGGGAGCCGUCGAUAACGCACUAUGGGACAUGUUUGCCCGCUCCCGUAACAAGCCGCUCUGGAAGCUCGUAGUGGAUAUGUCUCCGGAGGAGCUCGUCAGCGCAACGGCGUUCCGGUAUAUUACUGACGCAAUCACGCGCGAAGAAGCCCUCGAGAUGCUCAAGGCGAAGGCUGCAACUAAGGCCGAGCGCGAGGCGACCGUGCGCAAACGCGGGUACCCCGCAUAUGUCACCUCAGCGGGCUGGCUCGGCUACAGCGACGAAAAGGUCGCGCGUCUAACGCGCGAGGCUGUCGAGGCGGGCUUCAAUCACUUCAAAAUGAAAGUCGGUGCGGACCGCGACUCGGACCUCCGCCGCGGCAAGAUCAUCCGCUCGAUCAUCGACGAUCCGCAAUAUCUACCCACAGACCGACCCCCGCGUGACCCCAGUAGUCCUGAGUUGAUUGGCAAGAAUGCGGGUCCGACGGGCAGCGUCCUCAUGAUCGACGCGAACCAAGUGUGGGAUGUUCCACAGGCUAUCGAAUACGUCAAGAGCCUCGAGGACAUCAAGCCAUGGUUUAUCGAAGAGCCUACCGCUCCUGACGACAUUUUGGGACACGCUGCGAUCCGAAAGGCCUUGCGCCCACACGGUAUCGGUGUUGCCACCGGCGAGCAUGCGCACAACCGCAUGGUGUUCAAGCAGCUUUUGCAGGCCGAGGCCAUCGACGUGUGCCAGAUCGACUCGUGUCGUCUCGCCGGCGUCAGCGAAGUGUUGAGUGUCCUGUUGAUGGCUGCCAAGUUCGGCGUCCCGGUGUGCCCGCACGCGGGCGGUGUUGGUCUCUGCGAAUAUGUCAUUCACCUUAGCUUGAUUGACUACAUCGCAGUCUCCGGCUCGAUGGACCGCAAUGUCCUUGAAUUCGUAGACCAUUUGCAUGAACACUUCUUGUAUCCGUGUUCCAUCAACAAGGACGGCCGAUACAAUGUACCAAGCGACGCAAAGGAGGGCUACAGCAUCGAGAUGUACAAGUCAAGUAUCGCCGAAUACGAGUGGCCGCAUGGCUCGUAUUGGGUAAACUCCCCGAAGACGAAGGGCCAGUAGGCGGCGGUCGUGAGGAAUGUUAAACAGACACAACCUUGUGUAGCAUAACUAUCGCAAUGUAUAUCCACAUCUACGUUCUGCUCCACCGCACGUAAGGUAUGAGAAGCGUGCUAUGCUGCGCGCAGCGAUCCUGCCUGUCGAACGUACAAUAAAUGCCUAAU